GACACCCCUGCUGUACGCGCUGCCAUUCGUCAGUCGGUGGAACACAUCGUGGGCAGCGACCCUCGCAGCAGUCCUAGACACCGACCACUUCGACGGCCACAGGCAGCACAGCGCUCAGCAGCAGUAUAUGCAACACCUCCGCGGACACUUCGAGUGGCUACUGUUUCCUCUACGCCUACUCUUCCUGCGCUACCUCCUGGACCAGGGGAUGACGCCCAAGCAGAGAGCGUCGUGGCGACUCCCGCUGGACUCCUCCCAGGGCUCGAAGGGCUCUGGCACCGCUUCCAGCGCCGCGCCAGCAGCCACGCCCAUCGAGGUGGACGAGGGAGACAACGGCGAGAAGGAUACGAAGACCGACCAGCCCAGCCGACGCCCAGCUCGCCGUGGAGGACGCCGCGGGCGCCGCGGCACUCACAACCCCAAGGCCUGGAGCAGCAAGGACAAGAACUUGCUGGACCUGCUUCGGUCGACCCUGAAGCUGCUGCUCCAGACGACGCACAAGACCAGCACAGUGAUCAUAGCCAUCACGCAGGAGCUCGAGGGCUACAAGCACACCUUGGACUCCCUCAGGAAGAGCGGCACCCCAGAGGACAAGAAACGCCUGCAGGAGAUAGGGUCGCCAGCUCCGUCCCUCGCGCUGGCGGCCUUGGAGGGACUGCACAAGUGCGACGUGGGCGGCACCAUGAAGGGUGCCAUUCGGAACUACUUGCUCCGAGCGGAGCCCGAGGACAUCGAGGCGGAGGCGGAGAUCAGCAAGGAAGAUCUCCUCGACGUCAUCUCCUUCGUGCGCCUGGGGAAGUGCUACGACGACACCAAGACGAAGCUGGUGAUCGGCGCGCCCAUGUGGGAGGGCCGAGUCUUGAUCAGCCGCGCCCUCGAGGCCGAGGGCCAAGCGGUCCACCACAGAGGCGUGGCCCCAGCGGGCUGGCUCGAGGAGGAGGAGGUCGGCCACUGGCUGGAGAUGCUCGAGCAGUGA